AAAAUUUUGUUUGUCCACUGCUUUAUUUCUAUUUUCUUUUCUGAUGUGAAUGAAAUGAACUUGUGGACACUUUUUCCAAAACAGUGAGAAAAAAAAUGGUCAAUUUGUUGAAAAUGAAAUUCCUAUACCAUUCAAAUGUGAUGAAAUUAUUAUAUUUUUCAUCAUCAUUAUUAUUGAUUGGAUUCUGUGAAUGUCAAUCGGGACCAUUUUCGUAUGGACAUUAUUCACAGGCAAUAACAGCAACAACAACAAUUAAUGAUUCAACGACAAUAUCACCAUCAAUUUCGACCACCACCACCAUUGCCAUCACAACAAAUGAUUUUGUUGCACGAAGGAAAGAUAUGCACCUCAAUGACUAUCGAUCAUCAUCAUCAUCAUCAUCAUCAUCAUCACCAACGACAUCGUCAUCGUCAACAUCGACAACAAAAUCUUCUGCAUUAAGCAAAUUAUUUGAACAAUCAAUAGCAAAAACAUAUCGAUCAUAUGAGAAAAGAUAUAGAAAUUGUCCAUCAUUACGGAAUGCAUUGAAAAAUGGUUAUGUAAAAUUACGUUCAUAUCCAAAUCGUGUAGCUCGAUUCACCUGUAAUAAAGGAUACGAUUUAAUUGGUAAUCGUUAUUCUACAUGUAGCCGUAAUCAUUGGACACAUGAUUUACCUGUUUGUGUUUCAACAUAUUGUCCAAAUAAAUUGAAUGUACCACCACCAUUGAUUGUACGAUUAAUAUCCAAUCAUAGUAGUGUUGUUGAUCUUCAAUGUGAAAUUGGUUAUCGUAUUCAAGUGACAAAAAAAACCAGUGGCAGAUAUUUUUCCGAUUUUGAUCAUAAUUCAUAUCAAGCAUCAUCGAUACGUGCAUAUUGUGUAUCAAAACAAUGGCUUAUUGAUGAUUGGAAUCAACCAGAUCAUUCAUAUACAUCAUCGAUGAUUCCAUUAGAUCAAUGGCCAACAUGUGAAAUUUAUGAAAAGCCAAUAGAAAAAUCAAUGAAUUGUACAUUCGAAAAUAGAUAUGGAUCAAUUUGUGGUUGGAUGCAAGAUAAUGAUGAUGAUUUUGAUUGGACACGUAAUUCAUUUACAACACCAUCAUUUUUAGAUGGAACUGGACCAUCAUUUGAUCAUACAUUUGGUGUGAAUAGUAGUGGAAAUUAUCUUUAUCUUGAAAGUUCAUAUCCACGUGCAUCAAAUGAUAUUGCCAGACUUUAUUCACCUGUAUUUCAACAUGUUGAAAAUUCAUCUAUCGCUUGUUUUCAAUUCUAUUAUCAUAUGUAUGGUAAAGCUAUUGGAACAUUACGUGUGUUUGUUAAAGAAAAAUAUCAACGUUUUUCCGAUUUGGAACCAGUUUGGGAAAUGUCUGGUGAUCAAGGUGACCAAUGGCUUGCUGGACAAGUGGAAAUUCAACCAAUAUCGCCUACAUUUGCAUUGCAACCAUUUCAAAUUAUCAUUGAAGGCAUUCUCGGUAAUGGACAUCAAGGUGAUAUUGCUAUCGAUGAUUUGUUAUUAACAUUGGGUAAAUCAUGUUCAAUGAUAACUACCAAUUCAACUACUGUCGAUGUUGUUAGUGAACCAUCAAUCGCUGAUAUUCUAGAUUCAACUGAUUCACCAAUCAAUUCAGUGAAUUCAUCAUCAUCAAUAUUACCAAAACCAUCAAAAUGGCAUGAUUCACAUUUUACAGAACUGGACGAUGAUGACAUGGAAAUGGAUACAUCUCAUUUGAAUGAUCCAAUAUUACCACAUAAUGAAAUUUUUCGUUCAAUAGUACAUCUUAAACCUAUAACGACACCACUAACAACAACAACAACAACAACGACGACGACAACAACAACAACAACAACAAUUGCAACGACCACUAAAGCGACAACACCUUCCACCACAACAAAGACAACAACAAUAAAACCGAAAAUAUCAACGAUUAUUGCGACACAAACUGAAUCAAAGUCAACAACGUCAACACCAACGACGACGACGGCGACUACGGCAACAAGUAGUCAUAUUUCGACUACGUUAAAAAAUAUCACUGAAUCAUCAACACGAUUAUCGACGACAACCGGAUUGAAUGCAGCAUUACAAGCAAAAGCUAUAAUCGAUAUCACUGAUAUCACUAAUGAUAAAAAACAUUUCGCUGCCCAUUGGUCAGUCAUAAUGAUCGUAUUCAUUGCAUUGUUAAUCAUUAUUGGAGCCAUUCUAUAUGUUGCUUAUAUUAAUCUACCAAUAAAACCAUCAUCAUCAUCAACAGAUGGAUUAGUAGCAAUAUUUGUUAAUCGUUGUAAAUUAUUUCAAUCAUCAUCAUCAUCGUCGUCGUCGUCAUCUUCGUCAGCAUCAUCACAUUAUGGAAGAUUUAAUCAUCAUGAUGAUUCAGAAUUAUUAAUGGUUAAUGAUGAUGAUAAUCAACAACAACAACAACAACAACAACAACAACAUCGUAAUCCAAAACGUACUAUACCGGAACAAUAUAUUGAUCAUCAAUUUACAGCUAAAGGUCAUGGUGAAAUAUUACGUGAAGCUAGAAAUAUGGCAGCUAAAUUGGUUAUUAAUAAAUUGACUGUUGCUGGUCUUUUCCAUGAUGAAUAACAUUGGAAUUGAACAACACAACACCAUUUAAAAUCCAAUACUCUCUAAUCAACUUGAUUGACUAAUUUUUUUU